UUUUGCCCGACAUAGAGUUCGGCAGAGUUUUUCCUUUUUCAAGCAGAAAACCCGCCAUGCUAUCUUGAGAUGUUGCUCCAGUCGCUCGUGGCUGCGGCCGCCCCCACACCCGCGAUGCCCGCUUUCCGCCUGCGGAAACUUCGCGGGAAGAAGGCGCAGCUGCUGCACUGGAGGUCAGAGAUCCCUGAUCUCUCUGUUCCCAAGAGCCGUUUUGCCGCACGGUGUCCGGCGCGGUGUCCGGCCGCAUUGGGGGUGAUUCCAGUGCUCUAUGGGUUGAGGACGCAGCCUCCGCGACGCCUUCGUCGCCCGCGCACGCGGCAGCCGCGACCCUCGUUGAGACGAGGGGCUUCGGCGUUGGACACCCGUUCCGUCGAAGCUCCGAUCGAUCUGGCAGCACAGGAGAGGAUGCGGCGCUGGUGCGAAGAAAACGCUCCCGCGCCAGUCGGCGCCGCCCGCGAGCGGUCUGAGCUGCGUGGGCGAAUCCUGGAGGCCGUCGACGUCUUGGAGGCUGGCUUAGUGGAGAGAUCGCUGGAAGCCCGAAUCUUGCUGCUGGCAGCGUUUUGCGGUGAACAUUUGCUUCUCCUGGGGCCACCCGGGACCGCUAAAAGCUUGCUGGCGCGGCGCUUGGUGCGCUUCGUGGGGAGCGACGCUGUGUUCUUCGAGCGCUUGCUGACGCGCUUCUCGGUGCCGGAGGAGCUUUUCGGGCCUUUGUCUUUGAAGGGCCUGGAGAACGACCAGUACGUACGGCAGACCACGGGCUACUUGCCCGAGGCGUCCAUCGCCUUUGUGGACGAGAUCUUCAAGGCGAAUAGCGCCAUUCUGAACUCGUUGCUCUCCAUCGUCAACGAGCGCGUCUUUGACAACGGCCCCGACCGUGUCUGGGUGCCGCUCCGAUGCCUGGUGUGUGCCUCGAACGAGGUGCCUGAAACCGAGGAGUUGGAUGCCCUCUACGACCGCCUCCUCUUCCGCCUGGUGGUGCGCCCCGUGUCCGACGCCGCGCUCGGCGAGCUCCUCCGCGUGACCCGCGCCGGUGUGGAGCCGCGAGCCGAUGCAGCGGACAGUGAGGUGACCCCUUUUCCACUGAGCUUGGAGGAUGCCGCGCAAGCGUUGCGCGGUGCGGCCACGGUGACGCUGAGGGAGGAGGUGGUGGAGAUCUUCAAGGAUGCGCGCAGCUACCUCACGUCAAAGAAGGAGGUGGUCUCCGACCGACGCCUGGGGCAAGCGGCGCGGAUGCUGCAGCUGGUCGCGUGGACCUGCGGACGGCGUGAGGUGGAACUCUGCGAUUGUGCCCUUCUGGCACAUGUCCUUUGGAGCACCUUGGAUCUCAUGCAGCCCUUCCAGCACUGGCUCCGCGGGCGCCUGGCGCGCGGCGCGCCGCGCCCGGCGGCCUCGCCGGCGCGCGCCUUGCGCGGGCUGUUGGGUGGGCUGGUGGAACGGGUGGAGAGCGAACGAAUCGAGCUGGACGAGUUGGGGAAAGAGCUGAAAGUCUUUGAAGAGGUUGUGCAGAAGGAGAUCCUGGAGAAAGAGAGGCAGCAGGCACUGCUUCGUGAGCAUUGCUGGCUGGCGCCGGCGCAGCAAGAGGAACUCAUAGAAGCCAUUGAGGAGGAGCUGGAACAGGGCAGCAGGGCGUUGCUCUUGGAGGUCUAUCGCUUGGAAGAAGUACGGGAGUCCAUGCCUGGGGAGCUGGCCAACUAUGCGAGGGAGCGGCGGAGUCAAGGAGAGCUGCCUGCGACGGAUCCGAUGCCAGGAUCCAGAAGCUUCGUCCAGAAGCUUCAGAGGCCCAUCUGGAUUCACAGCAGUCGAAUCCCCCUUUGUUUCGGCUGCCAAGCCUCUGAGCCCGAAACGAAGUCCAGCAGCGCAACCAUGUGCAAGCUCUUGCCGACAUGACGUGUCUUCUUCUUUGGGGCCCCCGAGAAACCACUUGGGGAAUUUGCAUGAAUUUUGGAGAUACUUUUGCCAGGCGUUUCUCCCGGCACUGAAACGUUUCACCCGUAGGUUCACCGUGCAUCUCAAAUCACACAGAACGGAUGGACGGACGGACGGACGGAUGGAUGGUUUAGGAGACCCCCGGACAAAUGGGAUGGGACUCGUUUCACCCGGUUUCCGAUCCAGGAAGCGACUAGUGACUAUAUAAUCUUGGGCCGAGAAAGAUCUUGUGAAGGAGCCAAGGACCCCGGCAACUGAUCUGGGUGACCGAACUCGGUGAGUCAGACCAGUAGACUCUUGAUCAAUCAGCCACCCCAACAUGAAGAGGUUCAAAAUGGAGGGGUUUAUGAAUCAAGAGUCCGACCAUUCGUCCGACCAUUUGAGACUGCAGAGACGACAUGGACCUCCGGAUGAUCCAAGAGCCGACGGUCGGAUGCACUGAGGACUGAGCCACAGACCUUCAAACUGGGCAAGCACAAGGGCCGCAGCUUCAGCGAUGUGGCUGAGAACGAUGUGGACUACUGCCGGAUGGUGGAGCGGAAGCUCGCGGAAGGCAGCUUCAGCGGCGACGCGCCUUUGGACCGGCAAGUUCGUGCCUUUGUGGCUUAUCUGAAGAGCCGAUGAGCAGGUGCUGGGUGCUGUGUGCGCCGGCAAAAAAGGAGGUUGAGGCACCUGUGGGCCUGUGGGAGGGCGGGGUGGUUCUACAUCUCUCUGCUCCAAACGCACCUGGUCGCGGCUCCGAUGCUGGUCCACGCACCGCGACGAAGCCGUGGAGUUCGGAUGCGCCGUAGCAGCGCACCGGUGUGGUGUGGCACCAGACACCUGCGACCUGCGAGUGUCUGGACGUACGUCACUUCGGUGAUGGUCUCGUCACUUCGUGAGCCCCCCAAAAAAAGACGUCGCUUCGUCGCUGACUUUCGCUUCUUUGGGUGUGUGCCCUGCUCACCUCCUCGCUCCACCUUCUCAAUGGCACUGGAAAGGCGAAGGCACCUGGUUUCCAGACGACAGGUACAACGGAGAAUUGUUGAGAGGAUGGAAAAUCUCUGGUAAACUUCGGGGGUUCGUUGUUCAGACUGAUUCCCGUGGUCUUUGCGAGUGCAAGUGGGAGAUUUUGUUAAACUUGGGCCAUCCAAAAACUCUCUUCCCACAGACUCAUGUGAAGAUGUGGAGGCUUAGAACCAAAUUUUUUCCUUUGGCACAGCGGUGCACUGUCCAUUGUCCAUGGCACAGCGUUUGAAGGAUGCACAGUGGAUGGACAAAAGUCAUCAAGUUCUUCUUCAGCAAUGGAACUUUGCAAACUCGCAACUCACCCCAAAUCUCAAUGUUCAAGCGGGCCUGGCUUCGGGUUUGCAUCUUUUCGAUUUUCUCGAGCCCUGUGAAUCGCAAGGGCGUGUAGAUUCCGUCCUGUGGUAAAACUUCUGGUUUUGGGUUUGUUUUUGAGACAUCCCAACGGCUCUCCCAAGUGAUUUUCUGGAUUAAGUAAGUUGUGUGCUUCAUGGAGUCAUUCCUUUGUGUCUUCCAUCAACCGUCUGGAAGAUCUAGGUAAGAUCUAGGUAAUCUAGUUCACCAGUCAUCAACAAUAGCAUGAGAGGUUCAGAUUGUGUGUGUUCCAGCCGCGGAAGAUGCUUCCUUCUUGGCUCCAGCCGCACAUCCACUUAAUCUUCU